AAAUUAAUCUCCCUUGGUCAUCUGGAAAUGAGCUGGAGAAGCAGAGUUCACUUCCCUCCCUUGCUUGUGAGAGUCAUGCACAAAUCUAGACUUAGGUACUAUGGGAAACCUGACAAAAGACUGGACGUUCCAUAUCAGGCGUAUUUUGAAGUUGCUGACAGUUCAGGCAUGAUGUCAAUGGUUUUGUGGAAUUCCUUAUGUCCUGAAUGGUAUAACAGUAUAAAGGUUGGCACAGUGCUUCUACUUGAACAGUAUGCUGUCAAAACCAGUUUUGCAUUUAAAACACAGCCAACCCCAAGGGAGUCGCAGAUGAAGAGAUUUGCUACAAUUGGUUAAGUAUUCCAGAAAUCUGUUCUGA